AACAGCCGGAAAUCGUCACUGCUGGCAGAGCAGAUUUCCCGCGAAGAUUGAGAUCUCUCAGUAGGUGAAUUUCUGUUGUUUUCCAGUUUGCACCAUGAGUAAGAGGAAGAUCGAAAAAGGCAGUUUGCCAGUGGGAGAAUGCAUCACACAGGUUCAGGAGAUGUUGAGGGAGCGGCUUUGCCACCAGCAGCUCCCCGACAGGCCGGAGGGAGUGGAGGCUCAACACAAACACCUGCUGGAGCUGCUGAAGCGGACGGCGGUCCACGGGGAGAGCAACUCGGUGCUAAUCGUCGGUCCUAGGGGGGCAGGAAAAACAAUGCUGCUGAAGUGUGUGCUGAGAGACCUGCUGAAGGAGAAAGAAGCACAGAAAAACCUGCUACAGGUUCAUCUCAAUGGUCUCCUGCAGACUGACGACAGAAUAGCACUAAAAGAAAUAACGCGGCAGCUCCACCUGGAAAACGUCGUUGGUGACAAAGUGUUUGGAAGUUUUGCAGAGAAUCUGGGUUUCCUGCUGGAGGCGUUGAAGAAAGGUGAUCGCAGCAGCAGCCGCCCCGUGUUAUUCGUCCUGGAUGAGUUCGACCUGUUCGCUCACCACAAGAACCAGACGCUGCUCUACAACCUGCUUGACGUUUCCCAGUCCGCCCAGGCUCCCAUCGCUGUGGUCGGCGUUACCUGCAGACUGGAUGUUCUGGAGCUGCUGGAGAAGCGCGUGAAGUCGCGGUUUUCCCACCGACAGAUCCACCUGCUGAGCAACCCGACGUUUGCUCAGUACCUGGAGCGAGUUCAAACCCAACUCAGCGUGACAGACGAUUUCCCCGACAGCAAGUUUGCUCAGGACUGGAACGCCAGCGUCAAGACUCUGUGUGAAGACAAGUCAGUGGAGGAGGUUUUACAGAGACACUUCAACUCCAGCAAGGACUUCCGUUCAAUGCACAUGCUGCUGAUGUUGUGUCUGAGUCGCGUGUCUGUCGCCAAACCUGCCAUCAAACCUGCAGACCUGCUGGAGGCCAGCAAGAUGUGUUUCACCGACGCCAAGGCGAAUAUGCUCCACGGUCUGUCCAUCUUGGAGUUGUGCCUCAUCAUCGCCAUGAAACACCUCAACGACCUCUACGAAGGAGAGCCGUUCAACCUGCAAAUGGUUCACAACGAGUUUAAGAAGUUCCUGCAGAGGAAGUCAAACUCCAUGUACAACUUUGAGCAGCCGGUCAUCAUGAAGGCCUUCGAGCACCUGCAGCAGCUGGAGAUGAUCCAGUCGGUCGACAGCUCCUCGGCCAAAACCCAGAGGGAAUACCAGCUGAUGAGACUCAUGCUGGACCACAGUCAGAUCAUGGAAGCCCUGCAGAAGUACCCACAAUGCCCAACGGACGUCAAGCAGUGGGCCAUGUCGGCGUUUGGCUAGGACUCAGGAUUCAGGAAAAUAACACAGAAGAAAGAAGUUUCUGAUACUGAACUGGUGAAAGUAUGACCUGAACCAGGAAGAAAACAGGGCUGCCUGUAUGUCAGACUGUUAAAUCUACACCAGUGAUGCUUAUAUUUCAUGUUUCAGGAUUGUUUUAUACAUAUUAAAUAUGUUUUGGAGCUGUAAAUGAUCAGUUAUCACGAAAUAAAAGGAAGUUUUGUAACACUGGGCUCAAAUCUUUCAUAUAAAAUUGUGGAUUUGAUAUAAUAAAGAUUCAGAAAA